CGCCUCGUCACCAUUCUAUCCCCGCCUUGGUGUGGGUAUAUAUAGAUCGUCUCAAACAUGUGACCAAUAUCCUCAGCUGAUCCUCACAGCGACAACAACAUGAAGCUGGUACUCCUCGCCUGUCUGGUCGCCCUAGCCGCCGCCGCUCCUCGCCCUGACGAAGAUGAGGCUAAGAUCUUAGUGGACGAGCGCCAGGCUACUGCAGAUGGAAACUUCAACUACCGAUAUGAAACUGAAAAUGGAAUCUCCGAGGACAGACUCGGUACUCCGGGCUCAGAGGGUCAGAGCAACAUGCAGGGCACCUUCAGCUACACGUCUCCUGAGGGCGUCUUUGUUAUCGUCACCUACAUCGCCGACGAGUUUGGCUUCAAGGCCGACUCUCCUCUGCUGCCCACCCCUCACCCCCUCCCCGCCCACGCCAUAGAGCAGAUCCGCGUCGCCGAGGAGCAGCGCGCCCAGGGCAUUACCUUCGAGAAAUAACACAAAAUGAGACCUCCACCUUGACCUCCCUGUACAUGAUUAACUCGCGACAAUCAUUAUGGAUCAAUUUGUCAAAUGUCUGGACAUAUUUGUUUACACAGAACCUAAAGUACGACCACAAGUUGAGGUCUAAAAUAAAGGUGUAAUGAUCUUCACUCGGUGGCUGUCGCGGAGGUGUCGUCCCCUAAAUAAUUAUAACAUAGACCUAGUGAGCCUAGUCAUGUACUGUACACUUUGUUAUGGAGUCAACCUGUCCCAGUGAUAUUGUUAUUGCUUAUAGGAAAUAAAUGUUAAGUGAUUUUA